AGCAUCUUCUUCUAUUAUUGUACUUGAAAAAAAAUAUUUUUUUUUUUCAUCGGUAUUAAUGGAAUAUAUGUAAUAAAGUGACUGAUAGACAGAGAAACUGUACGUAGGAUACGUCGGUAUCGUAGAUCUAUGCAUAAAUGGCAUUGGGCUUGUCCUCUUUAUCGCAAGUCUGAUUAUUUCCUUGCAUUUUAAUGAUAUCGAAACAAUUAAAUCUUGUACGAAAUUUAAUAGAAUCGGCUAACGAACGGGUAAUAAUCUUGUAAAAGAAACAUGGAUGAUGAUGAUCAGUUCCAACCAGGUUAUGACGUUGAUUCAUUUCCAAAAGAUUUUGGAUAUGCUCCCUUUGAUGGAGAAGCAGAGAUAUCUACAGAUCCUUUAGCAGGAGAACAAAAACCUAGGAUACUUUUAAUGGGUCUUAGAAGAAGCGGAAAAUCGUCUAUACAAAAAGUAGUCUUUCACAAAAUGUCACCGAAUGAAACAUUAUUCUUGGAAAGUACAAAUAAAGUCAUUAAAGACGAUAUAAGUAAUUCUAGCUUUGUUCAGUUUCAAAUUUGGGAUUUCCCAGGACAAAUUGAUUUCUUUGAUCCUACUUUCGAUAGUGACAUGAUAUUCGGAGGUUGCGGCGCAUUAGUCUUUGUAAUUGAUGCACAGGAUGAUUAUAUGGAAGCUCUCAAUAAACUGCAUUUGACAGUUACAAAAGCAUACAAGGUCAAUCAAGCAAUAAAGUUUGAAGUUUUCAUUCAUAAAGUUGAUGGACUAUCGGAUGAUUGUAAAAUGGAAACACAAAGGGACAUACACACAAGGGCUAAUGAUGAUUUAGCAGAUUCUGGAUGCGACCAGAUACACCUAAGUUUUCACUUGACAUCGAUAUAUGAUCAUAGCAUAUUCGAAGCUUUUAGUAAAGUUGUUCAAAAGUUAAUACCACAAUUACCAACAUUGGAAAAUUUACUGAAUAUACUUAUAUCGAACUCUGCAAUUGAGAAAGCAUUUCUCUUUGACGUCGUAUCCAAAAUUUAUAUCGCAACAGAUAGUUCUCCUGUAGAUAUGCAAAGCUACGAACUUUGCUGUGAUAUGAUAGAUGUAGUAAUCGAUGUCUCUUGCAUAUAUGGACUGAGAGAAGAUUUAGAAGCAGCAGCGUUUGAUAAUCAAAGUUCUAGUUUAAUUAAAUUAAAUAAUGGCACAAUUUUGUUUCUCCGUGAAGUAAAUAAAUUUUUAGCAUUGGUUUGCAUUUUACGAGAGGAUAAUUUUGACAGGCAAGGUGUUAUAGAUUAUAAUUUCUUAUGUUUUCGCAAAGCAAUACAACAAGUAUUUGAAUUGCGUAAUAAAGCAUUAGCUGCCACAAAUGUAAAUAAUCAUUCUGCAUCACCUGUUAGCAUUAAUGAAUCUUCAAACUUGGCAGUAGUAUCACAAAGUGGAUUGAUUGGACAAAAUGGUGCUGUAGCACUUACACAAAGUUAACUAGAUCCUUUUCAUUGAAAGCUUCAUAUAUAAAAAUAAAGUAUAGAUCUUUUAACUUUGUUAAUACUAUUUUAAUGAUGUACCAUUGUAUAUCUUAAAUCAUGUAUAAUUUUAUACAAAUCACAAAGAAUAUUCCGCAAUAAUAUUAGUUGAAAUUGAA